UGGUUAUUAUUAGGAACUAUUCGACCUUUCUUCUGAAACUGGAAGUUCCAUGAACAGUGAAGAAGGCAGACUGUACGUGGAUAUGAGACAACUUGGUUCAAAUUUCCUUAUUUUCUAACAAUGGGGUUACCUGAAAUAUAACCUCGUGUUAUGAGAUACCUACAGAAGGCCAAGAGGGAGAAAUUGGAGGAAGAGGGUUUGAUGAACACUGCAUCAGAUCCUUUAGUUGAAGAAAGAAUUUCCACUAGAUAACAAGGAGCAGUUUCUUGUGUAUUCUUGAGUUACUGUUUUCCUUCAAAAGAAAUGUAUUCGUUGUCUAGUGUGAUUACCGAUGUUGAGUUUACGCCAGCUAUGGUCGGUUUGAAAGGAAAAAUUCCCAAAGAGGAGUGUCUGCUAGAUGAAGCCCAGCCUGCGCAAAGUUUGAAAAAAGACACCGAGGUUUCACCCAUGGAAAUCAUUGACGGGCAACCCACGUCUGCUGUAGAAAGCCAAUCAGCUGAGGCGAAUUCUGCCAUCAAUAUUGAAACAGAAAUUACUCGUGAGAAUGAUUUUAUUGUGUUUACAUUGUCACUUGGUGCAACACCAGAUCAGUUGUCUGCUGUAGAUGAUUCAUUGAAUAAAGUUUGUUCUUCUAGAGCCAACAGUGAGAAUAGAGCUGUGUCUGAGAAAGAUUUUGAUAAAGUGACAUGGUCAUCUACUGAUGAUAUAAAAUUGCAACAAGGUUUGGUGGAGAAUGAGUCUUGUCUUGGUGAAUGGAAAAAUUCUGAUUCUAUAGACAAGUCGUCAGGGGAUGUGCUGGUGAAGGAGGAAGAGAAAAUACCAUCUGAGGUAAUGGCUUCUGUUGCAGAAGAUUUUUCACUUGAUGUACAAGGUCCUUGUAUUAGUUAUUCACCCAGAGAAUAUUCCAAUGAUUUGAGAUUGUCCUUGUCAUCUUCAUUGAUGAAAGAAGUGUCUAACAGUGAUGAUGUGUUGGCCUUUGCUGCAAGUGGAAAACAGUAUUUUCCUGAUAUUUAUCAAGUAACUGACAAUAUUGAUAUACAAGUUUUGAGAAGAAUAGUGUCCACGCUGAAUGAGACAUCAAUAGAAAGACACUGUAGUCUUCUGGGAGCUGACAAGAAAACUGGAGAUACACCAACCACUAAUUCUAAAUUGUUAAUGGUAGGAAGCAGUAAUGAGGAUAUUGAGGAAGAUAUAUCAAAUAGAUUGUCUGCUAACAAAGAAGAUGAAACAAAUCAGGAGUCUACGUCAAAUGCUGAAGAUCCUGAUUUGAGCCAGACUGAAGACUGUGGCUGUUUGGAAGAAACAGCUAGCAUUUCUAAGUCACCAUUACUAGACAAGGAAGUUACAGAAACACUAUGUGAAGAUACUAUAAGUGUCUUGGUGACUGCGCAGAAAGAUGCCAUUCUUGAAAGGAAGGAGGAGACACCAUCUUGCUGCAGAAAUCUUGAUCAACCCAAUAACACCCAAAUCACUGAAGUCAAGGAUGACUCUUAUGAAACUCCCCUUCACUUGUGUCUGCAUACAUUUUUGUGUGAGUCCUUGUGUCGUUUCAGACAUCAUGAACUGAUUCAGCUGUUGUGUGCCACACCCGACCAUCGAAGUAUUAACUCAGCGACAGUGGAAAGCAAAUCAUUGUUAAAUUUCAGAAACUAUGUGAAUGAUAAUUUGUGCGAUAUCCAUCGUGAUAUCCCAGAGCCAUCAUCAAAACUGCGUUUUCCAAUCGUUCACCUUGCCUGUCUUCUUGGUAAAUACAAGGCAUUAGAAGAACUGUCCAAAAUUGGUUUUGAUCCUGUGAGCCAGACGUCAAAAACCAAAGAGACACCUUUACAUAUGGUCAUGCGGUUAAUACGUCAUUUUGAAGGAACGACGCAUAAUCUCUUUCUGUCUGAUGUUGUUGUAAACAUCUUGAAGACUUUGAGUCGCACAACUUCUGUAAAGGUUUUGUUGUCAAUCAAAGAUUGCAGAGGAAAUACAGUUUUUCAUUCUUUAGCGGAAUUGAUGGGUCAGAGGAAGCUGCCCUUAUCGGCAGCAAUGUUUCUUGUAUACAUGUUCAGAGUCUUUGUCCAUUUUCUUCUGAAAGAUCUAAGUUCUUCAGAGGUUCGGUCGGCAUUGUGGAGUUCUUUAAAGGAGAGAAACGAUAUUGGGCAAUCUGUUGAGUUAUUAUUAAUGAGAAGUCUGCAUGGCGCACCUCUGUUGAAGUUCCUCCAACAUCAUCUAUGUGGUACAAGGGAGAGCUCAAGGGUAAAUAGCGCACUGAAGCAUGAAGAAGUUUGUGUGAAACCUGAGUCAGAUGAAACCUCGCCUGGAGCUCUAAAAGAAAAUCAAGGGCUACUCACAUCUUCAGACAGCAUCACGACCGCUGAUCCUUCAACCGACUCGCACGCACACUUACUAAGCGGGACAAGACAUGCAAGUAUUGUGGAUUUUAUUCUUUCUACUCAGUGUGCAAUCAGCAACUCAGAAAAAAGAACCAUUUUGGCACAAUUCCGUGCGGAGUACGACAAAAGACUCAAGUCUAUGGAGAAAAGGGUUUUGGACGUGAAACAGCUUCUACCACAGACGCCACGACAACUUAAAUUAAAACGAAAUAAUUUGAUGAAAGAAGCUCGUAAGGUCAAAUCGAGAAUUAGUUGGAAUACAGGGGCAAUGCGGAAAGCUAUAGAUAAAAGGAAUAAACAGCGACGAGAGUAUAACAAGAUUAAUGAAACAAUCAGUUUGGUCCAUGAACUGAAGAAAGUUAUCUAUGGGUAAAUUAUUUGUCCGCACUUAUCUUGUUUAAGUGUGAAAAGUGAGAAUAUACGUCCAAGAUUCGUCACAUCGGAACUCAGAGCUCGAACAUUCCAUCCCUGCUGAAAGAUUUAAAAGUUGUCAAGCUUAUAAUAUCGUGGAAGAGUAGAUCUUCCACUUAAAGUCGUGUGAAAUAUGAAAUUUCGUUCUUUAGUACAAAGAUGUAGAUAAUUUUUAGCAUGGUACGUUGCGUUUUUUCUUUUUUUGUAGACCACGUGUAAAGAAAUUUAUUAGUGUAAUUUGUUAACGUAAAGUGCAAAAUUAUACUGAACGGAAUGCCACAGAAGAUGUGUUGUUAAAAUUACCUCGAUAGAUCUGGGCGGUUCUUAGAUGGUCCUUUGUCAGGGCAAAACCUUCGCUCUGACGAAGAGCUAACGCUCGAAACGUCAGCUUAGAAAGUCUUUAAAAGGCCAAUUUACAUUAUCAUUCAGCUGAAAAAACCAAAUUACCUUGUUAUACUUCCCCACCGACGCAACACCACAGUUUCUUUAGAAACUUACGGUCCUCCCUUGUGACAAAUAAUUUUAGUUCAUUGUUAUAAUCUAAUUUGCGCUUCUCUCCCAGUGUCCAACGUAUUAUCUUUAUUUAUACAAACUUAACAAUUUUAAUCGUUGGUAUGUCUUUAUGAGUUGUUCUUAAACAGAACAGGAUCGAUCAACUCGUCUAAAAUGAAAACAAAAUCGAUUCGACAUUGCAUGUAUUUCCAUCUGUACUUGUGACAGAUUUUUUUUAACAUACCCUUACAUUCUGAGGGUCUCAAUGAGGUGAUGG